AUAGAUUUCAGUGCCUGCCUCACCCAGAUGUACUUCCUUCACUGCUUUUUAGUGAUGGAGUCUGGGUUCUUCGUGGCCAUGGCUUUGGAUCGUUAUGUGGCCAUCUGCCAUCCCCUGAGACAUUCCACCACCCUGACAAACCCCGUGGUGGCCAACAUCGGUGUGGCCGUGGUACUGCGUGGUGGUAUGAUCAUACUGCCCUCUUUCCUCCUGGCAAGUCAGUGGCCAUAUUGCAGAACAAACAUCAUUCCCCACACGCACUGUGAACACAUGGCUGUGAUGAAGCUGGUCUGUGCUGACAUCCACGUCACUAGUUACUACGGCCUAUUUGUACUAUUCUUUGUGACCGGUGUGGAUGUGUUUUUUAUCGCCGUGUCCUAUAUCCAGAUCCUCAGGGCCAUCUUCACCUUUUACAUGCCAGCUCUCUUCUCCUUCCUCACAUACCAUUUUGGCCACAAUGUGCCCCUAAAUUUCCACGUUCUCAUUGGCAAUGUGUACCUCCUGGUGCCCCCCAUGUUAAACCCCAUCAUUUAUGGGGUGAGGACCAAACAGAUCCGGGACAGGCUUCUCCGGCUCAUUACUCAUAAAGGGACUAAGUUUUUCUCUUGGUGCUCUGGCUCUCAGACCAAGUUCCAUGCAGAUCUGG